GGGUCUCUACAAUUCUGCCAGGAAAGGAGUCAGAAGACCCGGGGAGCUGGCCAAGGCUCCUUUUCAUCUCUUCCUAACCCCUUGCUCCUGUGUUCCUCGGGAAUGCUGCUCUGUUUAUGUGUCUGGUCUCUGGGUGCUACAGUGGAUGGGCACUGGUGACAGCAUCAUGGAGCCAGGUAUCAUUCUUAUUUUGAUGGCCCUCCUGCAAUCUGGUGCUGCGUUGCUGAAGAGUGAAGUUUAUUUCAAUGAGACUGCAGCGCUGCCAUGCCAGUUUCCAAACUCUCAAAAUCUCAGCCUGAAUGAGCUAGUAAUAUUUUGGCAGUACCGGGAGAAGUUAGUUCUUUAUGAAUUGUAUUUAGGGAGAGAAAACCUUCAUAAUGUGGCUGCCGAGUACAUGCACCGCACGAGCUUUGACCAGAGCAGCUGGACUCUGCGACUUCACAGAGCUCAAAUCAAGGACAAGGGCCCCUAUCAGUGUAUCAUCCACCACAAAAAGCCCACAGGACUGGUUUCCAUCCACCAGAAGGAUUCUGAGCUGUCAGUGUUUGCUAACUUCACUGAACCUGAAAUAGUGCAAAUGUCUAACGUAACAGGAAAUUCUGGCAUAAAUUUAACUUGCUCAUCUGGACAAGGUUAUCCAAAAGCUACGAAGAUGUAUUUCUUGCUAAAACUUGAAAAUUCAACUGAACUGGAGUAUGAUGGUAUCAUGCAAAUAUCACAAGAUAAUGACACAGGGCUGUACAACAUUUCCAUCAGCUCAUAUGUUCCAUUUCCUGAUGCCAUAAGUAAUGUGACCAUCUUCUGUGUCCUGAAAACUCAGUCAAUGAAGCUUUCCUCCAAACCUUUCUAUAAAGUUCCUAGUCACCAUCUGCUUGCUACACAUCAGUACUCCUGGAUUAUAGCUGUAGUUCUGCUCUUCACGAUCUUCACAUGUGGGAUGGGAUGCUUUCUGUGGAAGAAGACGAAGAAGCAACAGGCUGUGGUCUCUAACAAAAGUGAAGCCACCAGAAUACAGAAGGAAAAGAAUGAAGAGACUGAAGAAAGAAUGAAAAUCCACUUACCUGAAAGAAAUGAUAAAGUCCAGUGUGGCGUUCAACCUUAGUCGUCAAAAAUGCUACAUGGUUUCCAUUAAAGGAAAAUUUUCCUAUAACUUUCCAUUUCUAUAUUGUUUCCUUCACAAGUUUUUGAGCAAAAUACUUGGAAUUCUCUCCAAAAAAACUUUUGGAAUUCUUUCAAAGGCCAAGAGAAUGUUACCUUUAUUAAUAGUGAGCACGUCAGGACUCCCUGUAAGUGAAAGAACCUCCCUAUGUCCAUUUUGUUGCUUAUGUUUAGAACAGACUUUAAUUCUCUAACUGCUUCUUUUAAUUGCAGAGUACACUGUGAUCCAGUCCCACCUCAAUAGCUCCUUGCCUGGGAAUAAUAUUUAGGAUCAAUGUGUCCUGCUUAAGACCAGAUUCCCCUCUUGAUGUUUACAAAAUACAUUUUUAUAUGGGAUUCCUAGUUCUGGGAGUACUGGCUUUUAUCAGCCCUGAAUUAUAAGACAGCGUCCCAUUUCAUCGUAUGUACCUGGGACUGAACAAUUGCCUCUUUGGUUGAGGUAGGAAAAAUGUAUUUUACAACUUUAUAGUGUUCAUAGUAAUAUUUGAAAACGCAAAUAAAUAUAUACUAGAGCUAAACACCAAAAAAGAUAUAACCAGUCAAUACUGAAUGGAAAAGAGACUGGGUUAAAAAAGAUAAAGGAAAGAAGUACCUCAUCUUAGUUAUUACUCAUGCUCUUUAAAGUAGUUGAUAGUUAAGAUUACACAAAGUUGUAUUAUAAACGUCAUAAUACAACUGAAUUGUGCAUAAUACAAACCUUCAUAGUACCAUCAAGAUAAUGAAAACACACCAAAAAAGUUUUAGUGCAUAGUGUAAUAUUACAACAGUCUAACCACAAAGUACUUGUCAUGUCAACAAAGUCUAAACUAACAGUAAAAGAAGAAAAGCACUUUUGUUUAAAAAAAAAAGUGUAUACUAUGAUAAUGUAGCUACUAUGCUGUAAAGGAAAAGCUACCCUUUCUGAGGAAUGCUUACUCCUCUACCAGGAUCAGGAAGGAGUAUGAUGACCUAGUUAUUGUCCAGGCAAAGAAACUUGAAUUUGGGGAAUCAGCAGAGGGAGGUGGAACCAGACCUAGAUCCCAGAGACACUUCUCCCUGGGUCGUUGCUGACAUCGGGUGCACGCACCUCCUCAGACGUGAUGAGGAAGGCUUGGUGGAGAGCAGUAGAGAAAGCAGGAAGUUGUCACUUUUCAGUCCUCACUCCCCUCUUAAUAAUGACUGAGGUGACUGUGAUAAUGAUCAACUGUACCCCAGCCCACUAGCUAAUCCUUAAAAUCUGGGCUCCGAGCCACUGUGGAAGGCCAGUUUGGGCCCCUGUAUCAGAGUGUUCCCUUUUCAGCUACCUAAACGGAAGUCCUUUCCUAUCUUCCGCCUAACUUUCCAAUUAAAGCUUUUUUCCUAUAAAUUUAUGCUUUAGUUUUAAUUUCCAUUUCAGCUAAAGAGAAAAACUUUAUUAUCUGGGGACAGAUUUAGUUCCUUGAACAUGGGGCUCUUUCAGAAUUUGACUUGACAUGGUAAUUCACUGACAGUGGCCCCUGUGGACAGAUGAACCCCCAGCAGGAAAAUCAGCCCCCACAGUUAGUCUUCUAAUCCUUUUUCCCUUCCUCUGAUCCCUCCAUGUCAAAUUCCCCUGGGACACCAGGGACUCUGUGUGAGACUUUUACUGACUAGGAAUGGCAGGCCCCAGUUGGAUGUCCUGGUUAGUUGCUGGUUGUUUCAGUCACUGGUUUUUGGUUUGGAGAGGCACUGGUUCUUCUUCUAAAAUCCCCUGGAUUAAAGACAGAUCUUUCAUUGGGCAAGGCAUCCGAAUGUUUUAGAUUUUCUCCUUUCUCUAUCUGCUCUGUUCCACCUCUGCAUUCACACUUCUCAGACAGGGAACCAACCCCCUCCCUUCUGAUGAUUCAUUACUUUCUUGCCUUGGGUUAUGUCCUGUGCCAUUAUCUGGGGGAAAUCAGAUCCUAUGAUUCAUGUGAAAAAUCUCCUACUUCUUUUCUUUUUCACUUGGAGUCAGUAAAGUUCAAGCCCCACUCUUUCACUCAGGUUAGAAAUCUAGUUCCUUAGCCGCGGGUGGUGGCUCCUUAAUCCCAGCACUUGGGAGCUGGAGGUAGGAGGAUUGCCUGAGUUCAAGGAAGGAGGGUUGCCUAGGAUACAUAGGAAGACCCUGUUUCAAAAAACAA